GUAAUGAAAAGUCGAGGAUUUGAGGUACGUAGUCACAAUAUCUUCUCCGGCUCUACUUGUAGUAUAUCCAAUAUGAGAGCUCUGCUGAUUUUUCUCCUCGUUUCCUUCGUGGUUUUCGCCUCUGCGAAAUAUGAAGGACACCAAGUCUGGAGGAUGAAACCAACAACAGAACGACAAAUGACAUGGCUAAACUACAUUGAAGAAAAUAUGGAUGAGUUUGACUUUUGGACCAGCGUUUCAAGAAUUCCUGGCCGCCCUGUCGACAUUAUGGUACAACCCAACAGCCAGACCAAUUUGCGCAUGCUCCUAAAGCAAGAAGAAUUGGACUUUGAAAUCAUGAUUGAUGACGUCAGCACACUGGUGGCCAAUCAGAUGGACGAGAUUCGAAACAGACGUGAGAAUGAAUAUUCCAUAGGGAUACAUUCAACCUCCUUUGACUACAAUAAUUAUCACGAAUAUGAUGAGAUUCAACAAUGGGUACUCGACACAGCUAAUGAAUAUAGUGACAUCAUCACUCCGUUUUUGCUCGGAACCUCUUAUGAAGGAAGAGAUAUCUACGGCUUAAGGAUCCGCGGUACUGGAAGCCAGAAUCCCUAUCCAAAAGCUGUCUGGUUUGAGGGCGGUAUUCAUGCUAGAGAAUGGAUCUCACCAGCUACAGUCAUGGGGUUUACACACAAGCUCAUCGAGGAAUACCAUUCAGAAGAGUCUGUUGCACGAAAGAUGUUUGAUAAUAUAGACUGGUACAUUGUACCUUCACUGAAUGCCGACGGAUAUGUCUAUACAUGGACUACGGAUCGUAUGUGGCGCAAGACUCGGUCACCAAACACAGGAUCUCUAUGCGUUGGGACUGAUCCAAACAGGAAUUGGCCUUUUGAGUGGGGUGGCAUAGGAGCUAGCGACGCUCCCUGCUCCCAAACCUACAUGGGCUCUUCGGCUGGCUCCGAGAUCGAAGUCGAGAACGUCGUCAAGUUCUUGCGGGAAAGGAAGGCCGAGGGACAGGACUUCUUGGCGUUCAUUGACUUCCACAGCUACUCACAGCUCAUCAUUGCACCUUGGGGAUACCUGGAGAAAAACUAUUACACUGACGACCAUGACGAGCAGAUGGCGAUGGCCGUCGAAAUGGCAACCGCUAUAAAAGAAACACAUCGGAAGACAUAUGAGCAUGGAGUCGGCGCAGAAAUCCUCUAUGCUACGUCCGGCUCAAGCAAGGAUUUUGGAUACGCCCCAUUUACGACCGACGCAACGAAAUCGGGCAUAGGGGCCAAGUACUCCUAUACCAUAGAACUACGCGAUACAGGUCGAUACGGGUUUGCUCUUCCAGCUAAUCAGAUCCAACCUUCUUAUGAAGAGAUACAUGCUGCUGUCAGAGCUAUGGGAACACGACUUCUCACCGAACUUGGCCUUUAAUUUUCAUCAAGAUUGUGGUUGAAAUAGAAUUGAUUUUUCUUCAUCGAUUAUAGAUUGAUUGGUUCUUCAUUGUGCCAUUUCGAUUUGUUUUUCAUUAUGCCUUUUCGAUUAGUUUUUAUUAUGCCAUUUUGA